AUGACGGCGCCCGACGUCCUCUGGGCUCAGAGGUCGUGCUACUCGCCUGACAACAACUAUGUGAUCUUGACCAUCGCAAUCCACGAUGUUCCGGCAAACCGCCUCAAUCUCGACUUGCAAGAACGCAAGGUUGCCCUCGACGCUCGCUCGGACCUGAAGAAUACUGAUUAUCACCUUGAGCUGAAUCUGCACGACGACAUUUAUCCGGACGAGACCGAAGUCAAGCACACUGAUCGCCAGCUCGAACUCAAGCUGUUCAAGGCUGAGCCCGACUACUGGUGGCCGGCUCUGCUCUCUGACGCCGAAGUCCCAGCCUACAUCAAGCAGGACUUCGAGCGCUGGGUUAACAAAGAUGCGCAGGAUGGCGAGCCCGAUCCUUUGGAGGAACAAAUUGCGAACAUGGAGCGCCAGGAGCUCCAGGCUCUCGCUGACGCCGCGCUCUCUUCGCUUUCCGUGUCGGAGCACUUCGUCACCCACACUGAGCGUCAGUUGGGUGCAGAGAAGCUUACUGAAGUUUCCAGUCUGCAGGGCGAUGAGGAGGACAGCGACGAAGAGGACGAGGAUGCUUCGGACAAUGACAUCGGCAAAUUCAGUGACGACAGUGACUCGGACGAUGAGGAUCCUCCUUCCCCUCCUGGUAGUGGUGGUGCGAAUGGACGCGAUUCUGGAGGUGACCACGCACAUCACGAUGAUUCUGCACCGCAGGACAAGGACUUGGAUCAUGGAAGCGGCCCCGCGGCCAAUGACAACACCGGCAAAGAAGGCUGUCGUGGAGGCGAAAACAACAACGCAGAGGGAGCCAACCAGGAACUGCCUGAGCAAUCUUCCGUGGAAAAAUGGAGCGAUGACGAUAGCUCUGAUGUAGAAGACAUUACCGUUGUCAAUGAACAGACAUCCGACCGAAUCGAGAUGCAGGAUGAUGAGGAUCAUGAGACGGAAUCUGGAGGAGAGUUUCGAAAGCAUCUGGCCCAGCACGACCGCACUGAAACCCUUGAUUGGGCCAGAAACUUGGGUGGCGUUCGUCCUCUGAUUACUCGAGCUGGCCGCAAGCUUCCUUUCAAUCUUCGACCCUUGAGCUUUGAGGCAUGGAAAAGGUUGGUCGACAGGACCAUUGAGCUCUGCAACGUCAAGAAUUCUCGAUUGAUGCAACUCCCCCAAGAUAUUCGCCUGGAUAUCUUCGAGCUUGCCGUCACGACCGGAGAACGAAUUUAUUUCUGUCCCGAAUUACGACCGAGAUAUGAAGGCUUGUAUGCCAACAUGAUCGAAGAGGGAGCUUACAAGAAGAAUAAGACCUCCGAUUUGAGAAUGCGGGCUGCGGUCAAUACGGCCAAGUCCGAGUCCUGCUCCCGUUACUACAUCGGAAAUGAUAUGGGCAGAUGCAAAGCGCCGGCUUUGCUGUACGUAUCGAGGCAAGUCAGCGAGGAGACGUGCAUCGCGCUUUACAGGAGGAACACAUUUGCCUUCCGCGAUAUUCACGGCUUCGUCGCCCUUGAGCUGGAUGUUCACGUUCCGAUCUGGUUCCAUGGUCGGACUCUGGAUAAGCUGCGUUCCACCUGGGUCUUCAAGGCGGCCAAAUCAUUUGGUCUCGAGGCUGCCAGGCCGCACAAAGAUAGGAUCAGAGGAUCAUUCGAGGCGUGCAUCAACAAGUUGGCUAAGGUUGGAAAGCUUAAAGAACUUAACCUCAUCAUCUCUUCUGAGAACGUCAAGCACUGGCACAUGGAGUACCACGAGGCUACAGCCGGGAUGCCGAGCAACAAGAAGAUCGUUUACGCUAAGCGCCUUAGCCAGGAGGAGUACAUGUUCAAGCACGUCUUGGCAAAGGUCCCCAAGCUGGUGACCACAGUCGUUGCCGAGGAGAGCAUCAAAGACCCCAGGUACCGUGAGGAGACUUGGGAGGGUGAGAGGGCCCAGUAUCAGAGGUACUUCGCGGCGAUUGAAAGGAAGUGCAAGCACUACGGCUUCCUCUUCGAGCGUAGGACGCCGCAAGAUGCUUUUCGGAAGAGCCAUCGCCUUGGCGCGCUCCGUCAGCUGUGCAACUCCGAGGGGCUCAGCCUUGACAACGUCACGGACGAAGACCUCAUGAACUUCUACAUCAACUAUCAGGAGCCGCAGGUCUGA